ACAGUGCUGCUACUGACUCGAAACCCUAAUUUAUAUUCAUCUCCUUCCUCCUUAUAAUACCUCACUCAAUUCCUGAGCACCCAAUCUUACCGUCGCCGCCGCCUGCUGCCGGGUAACUCCUCUUCGUGUAGGAGCUUCAGUCUCGUCAACAUGGGUAUCUCUCGAGAUUCUAUGCACAAGAGGCGUGCAACUGGAGGGAAGAAGAAGGCUUGGAGGAAGAAGAGAAAGUAUGAGCUUGGAAGGCAACCUGCCAACACUAAGUUAUCAAGUGACAAGUCAAUCAGGAGGAUUCGAGUUCGUGGGGGUAAUGUUAAGUGGCGAGCUUUUAGACUCGACACUGGAAACUACUCGUGGGGUAGUGAGGCUGUGUCUAGGAAAACCCGUAUUCUAGAUGUGGUGUACAAUGCAUCCAACAAUGAACUUGUUCGUACUCAAACUUUGGUGAAGAGUGCCGUUGUUCAGGUUGAUGCUGCGCCAUUCAAGCAAUGGUAUCUUCAGCACUAUGGAGUGGAUAUUGGAAGGAAGAAGAAGACUGCAGCAUCUGCUAAGAAGGACGAGGAAGGUGAUGCUGCUGCUGCUGCUGCUGAGGAGGUGAAGAAGAGUAAUCAUGUUCAGCGCAAACUGGAGAAACGUCAAGAGGGUCGUAAGCUUGACCCACAUAUUGAAGAGCAAUUCAGCAGCGGUCGUUUGAUGGCUUGCAUUUCAUCAAGACCCGGUCAAUGUGGUCGUGCUGAUGGAUAUAUCUUGGAGGGCAAAGAACUUGAGUUCUACAUGAAGAAGCUCCAGAGAAAGAAGGGAAAAGGUGCUGGUGCUGCUUAAGUUUUGUCGUUAAGAUAUUUUGUAGCCAUGUUUCCUUCUAUGAUUCUAUCUGUCUUUUUUUGGUCUGAUGAAGACGAAGUGUUGCAGCUAAGAUGAAACAAUUAUUUAUGAACUCCAAUUUUGCUGUUAUUAGUUGAUUAAUCACAUUACUUUCCUUAGCCUGUUCCAUAAUUA